CGUUCGGAAACUUUACAGUCGCAUAAAUUCUGUAAGAAAAAUUAAAAUAAAACAACUUCCGAAGACUACUGAGUGAGCGACCAAGCAACUACAGUAUGACUGGUAACCUAAGGGCGAGUGUAGAAACUUUUUCUUUUGUGACUGAUGAGUAAGAAACUCUAUAAUCUUUAAAAAAUAAAGUUUGGAUGGCGAAUAUUUUCCAGAAUGUCCGGUAUUUGGGAGGCGUGUCGGGGCCAAACUCACGCCGAUUGUAUUCGCUUCCGCCCGGCCGAAGAACCAGCGGGCGCCCGGUGAAUACCUUAGCUGCUUGUGAGAGAUACUUCCACGAGGGACAUGGUGUGAAGCAAGACGUCAGUUACUCGAAUGAUUAUGGAACAAGUAGUACAAAAAGGUCAUGGCAAGCCAAACCUUUCCUUUUAAAUAAGUUGUUAGCCGGCAAGUUUUCUUCAGCAGUACCCAAACAAGAAUUUGUUCACAAUUUCAAAAGUGUCAUCAGUCAGCCUCGCCGUUUCUUUCAGACAACUUCGCCAUGCAGCUGGUAUGGACAUCUAUCAGUUUCCCCAGAGCAAGUUAGUAAAAUUCUACAUCGACAUGAGAUUGGCGUCAAUGUCGAAAAUGAAAAUCUCCGCGUGCAAUCGUUUAUGAGUAACCAAGUUGCUUCGAACAAUCCUCUGGAGGACCGUAGAGGUGCUGCAACGUGCAAGUUGACCAAUGCAAUGAUGUUUGGCGUAUUCGACGGCCACCAUGGACCGGCCUGUGCACAAGUCAUAAGUGAGCGUCUCUUUAAUUACAUAGCUGCGGAAGUUCUCCCGUACGACAUUCUGGAGCAUGCGAACCGCAUGUUUUCUACCGGUAAUCUCACAGAGCUUGUGGACUUUUACGAACAUCCCAAUGAUUACAUCUCCCAUGAUCAGCAGCAGUUGUUCAAAAACAGCCUUGCCCAGUACCUGAAGGACAAUAUUUCUAUUGACUUUCAAGGAGAGUAUGACUUAACCAACAUCUUGAUGAUCGCGUUUGAUCGACUUGACAAGGACUUGACAACGGAAGCAUUGAAAACCACCAAUGGGGACUUUAAUGAUGAAGGACUGCAUCGAGUCUUCUCUGGUGCUUGCGCUUGCAUCGCUUACGUUGAAGGUGAUAACUUGUAUGUUGCCAAUGCUGGGGACUGCCAAGCUGUCCUCGGCGAACAGAAAGAUGACAAUGUAUGGAGUGCUACUUCAAUGUCCUUUGAACACAAUGCGCAAAACUCUGAUGAAGUAAGAAGGAUACGCUCAUCUCACCCACUCAAUGAAUCCUCAACUGUCAUCAAGAACGGUCGGCUUCUAUCAGAGCUUGCCCCGUUACGCGCAUUCGGAGAUGUCCGCUACAAAUGGAGUCGCACCAUCCAACACCAGGUCCUUAACCCAUGGUUUGGAACCAACGUUAUCCCCAAGAACUACCACACCCCACCUUACUUGAUUGCCACACCCGAGGUCAUCCAUCACCAGCUGACGCCGUCCGAUAAAUUUCUCAUUCUUGCUUCGGAUGGAUUGUGGGAUUGCAUGACACCAGAGAAGGCGGUUAAUCUUGUUGGAGACUUCCUCCUGAUGAGCGACAAGAUGGGUAGCUUCCAGCCCAAAUCGGAGGGAAUGUCUCUGCAACACCUUCAUCAAACUCUAGCGAGACGUAAGGCAGCCUUGUGGCCUGUGGACACUAACGUUGCAACCCAUUUGAUUCGUUAUGCCUUGGGAGGUGUGCAUAAUCGUUUUGAUCACAAUAGGCUAGCCAAUACACUAAGUCUACCGGAUAAUGUGGUCAGACAAUAUAGAGAUGACAUUACAGUUACUGUUGUUUUCUUUAAUUGAGUUUAACCACACCCAAAAACGGACUGAUCCAGUAAGCUCCACCCCUUAUAAUGUACUGACCAAUCACGACUUGGUAUGCAGAGUAAUGAGUCAAACAUGCUGAAUUUCCAAUACAAUUUAGCAAAAUGAUAAAAUGUAAACAAGACUCAGAGGCACAUCAGCUUACUGUGACAAUGAACAGACACAUGUUUUAAAGGAACACGUUGCCUUGGAUUGGACGAGUUGGUCUAUAAAAAGCGUUUUGUAACCGUUUUCUAUAA